AUGGAUAACAAAGUCUAUUAUUUCCACAAUAACAAACUAACUCAUCAGACACCGGGAGUGGAUGCACCGCCUCCGAUGAUUCCAAACAAGGAUAAGUACUUCAUUGCCAAUGAUAGGAAAGUACUUAACGUCGCAUCUACCAGAAAGCGUUUCGAAUACCUUCUAGGGCUUACUGGUCUUUUCAAACAAUUUAUCGACUCUAAGGCUGAAAAAGAUCCCCAAAUCAAAGAGAUUGUUGAUGAGAUUACUGAUGGGCAGCUCAAGAAGAAUGAUAAGAUCGCUGGUUCUGGGCGUCGACGUAAGACAGAGAAGCAAGAAGAUCAAGAGUUGUUGGCUGAUGAAUCACAUCUGUCGGAGAUUAUGGAGUUCACGGCAUCUCCAGGGUAUAUCCACGAAGGGACCAUGAGGGAGUAUCAAUUACAGGGUCUCAACUGGUUAAUUUCCUUGCAUGAGAAUAAUUUGAGUGGUAUUCUAGCUGAUGAAAUGGGUCUUGGUAAGACUCUCCAAACCAUCUCAUUCUUAGGUUGGUUGCGCUAUUAUAAGCACAUCAAUGGGCCCCACAUUGUUAUUACCCCCAAGCUGACAUUGGAUAACUGGGCACGUGAGUUUAACAAAUGGAUUCCCGAUUUCAAAGUUUUGGUCAUUCAAGGUGACAAGGAACAACGUGCCGAACUCAUCAAAAAUCAAGUUUUGGAGUGCGAUUUCGAUGUUGUGAUCGCUUCGUACGAGAUUGUCAUCAAAGAAAAGCUGACCUUCAAGAAAUUUGAUUGGCAAUAUAUCGUUAUUGAUGAAGCUCACAGAAUCAAGAAUGAGGAGUCGCUUUUGUCUCAAAUUAUCCGGAUGUUCCACUCUCGCAAUCGUUUGCUCAUCACUGGGACGCCUUUGCAAAAUAAUUUGAAAGAAUUGUGGGCUUUACUUAACUUCAUCUUACCAGAUGUUUUCUCUGACGCGGAUACGUUUGAUGAACACUUCAAAGACUCCGAUAAUGGAAAUGACCAGGUAGUCCAGCAAUUACAUAAGGUUUUGCAGCCAUUUUUAUUGCGCAGAAUCAAAGCUGAUGUUGAAAAGCUGUUGUUGCCAAAACAAGAGAUGAACAUCUAUUUUGGGUUACUGAAGAUGCAACAACAAUGGUACAAGAAAAUUCUUGAGAAGGAUUUGGACGCUAUCAAUGGGGUUAAUGGUAAGCGUGAGCUGAAAACUCGUUUACUCAAUAUUGUUAUGCAAUUGCGUAAGUGCUGUAACCACCCAUAUUUAUUCGAGGGUGCAGAGCCAGGUCCCCCGUAUACCAACGAUGAACAUCUUGUUUUCAAUCUGAAGAAAAUGGUGUUUUUGGACAAGCUUUUGAAGAAGUUCCAAGAAAAUGGUCUGCGCGUGCUCAUUUUCUCGCAAAUGUCACGGAUGUUAGACAUCUUGGAGGAUUAUUGCUACUUGCGGGGAUACCAGUAUUGUCGCAUUGAUGGGCAAACCGAUCAUGCUGAUCGUGUGAAUGCUAUCGAUGAGUAUAACAAGCCAGGGCUGGAGAAGUUUAUCUUCUUGUUGACGACCCGUGCUGGUGGAUUAGGUAUCAAUUUGACCACCGCUGACGUUGUGAUUCUCUAUGAUUCAGAUUGGAAUCCACAAGCUGACUUACAAGCGAUGGACAGAGCUCACAGAAUUGGUCAAACCAAGCAAGUGAAGGUAUUCCGUUUGGUAACAGAAGGCGCCGUCGAAGAGAAAGUUCUAGAACGUGCAACACAAAAGUUGAAACUUGAUCAAUUGGUGAUUCAGCUGGGACGUACCAACGUUGCUGGUUUGGAUGGUCAACAACUGAACAAACUGGCCCUGCGAGGCGAGUUAUUGGAUUUGGUUCAAUUUGGUGCCAAGGAAAUAUUUGACGACAAGGGUGAUGAUGAAGCUGCCGAAUUGGAUAUUGAAGAAAUCUUACGUGCAUCAUCCGAAAAAACUAAAGAGCUCAACGAUCGAUACGAUAAGUUGGACUUAGGUGCCUUACAAAACUUUACCAAUGAUGGCUCUGUCUAUGAGUGGAAUGGCGAAAACUUCAAAAAGAAAGAUAUUGGCCUGGGAAAAAUUGGGGGAGAUCACACUUGGAUUCAACCGGCUAAGCGUGAACGGAAAGAAAAUUAUUCGAUUGAUCUGUACUACAAGGGUGUUCUCAGCCAUGGUUCAUCUUCGAAGCAAUCAUCCUCGCUGCAGGCUCAAUCUACUGCUGCAAAGAAUGGACCUCGACCUCCAAAGCAACUCAACAUCUAUGACCAUCAAUUUUAUCCGGCAGAAUUGUUUGAGUUACACGAGUUAGAAAAAAAUUACUUUCGCAAGCUCACAAAUUAUAAAGUUCCGCUCAAAGCCGGGAAGCCUGACACUUUAGCAAAACGUGAAGCCGAUCAGAAGCUUGAACAAGAAGAAAUUGAUAACUCCCGGCCUCUCACUGAAGAAGAGAAGGCUCGCAAGGAGGAAUUGUUGACUCAAGGGUUUUCACUGUGGAACAGACGAGACUUUCAACAUUUCGUGUCGUUGCUGACGAAGUAUGGUCGUAACCUGAUAUCAUUGAUUGCUCAUGAGUUUCCUGAAAAAACUAUCGAUGAGGUUCGGGCGUAUGCUAAGGCAUUCUGGCGGCGAUACAAGGAAAUCGAAGGUUUUGACAAAUAUUUGCAUCAGAUCGAACAAGGUGAAGAGAAAAUCGUUAAGGUUCAAGUGCAAAAAGAGUCUUUAAGGCGGAAAAUCUCUCAGUACAAAUACCCCUUACAAGAACUUGUACUCCGUUACCCACCUGCUGCCACUAAUAAGCGUGUGUUUUCGGAAGAAGAGGACAGAUUCUUGUUGGUGCAACUUUAUCGUUUUGGUUUAGACCUGCCUGAUGUGUAUGAGCGCAUUAGACAGGCCAUUCGUGAGCUGCCGUUGUUCCAGUUCGACUUCUUUUUCCAAUCACGUAAUACUGGUGAAUUAAGUAGACGCUGUCUGACACUUUUAGCUUGUGUGCUGAAAGAAAUUCACCCGGAUCAAUUGGCCGGGCAAAAAAGAAAACGUGAUCAACGUUAG